CCCCUGUCGGCAGAACAGGAAGACAGACAUGUUUUUCAAGCAAAGGCGGAGGACCUCGCAAGCCUACGGCGUCCGUCGACAGCAUACAGAGAUUUAAGCUGGUUUGUCAGCAAAAAGUUCCCCUGUCUAGGAUAUGGUGCUCCCCGCCGCGGCCUUGGAUCGACUCUAGACCCCGAAUGGUGUGAUUCAGAAAGCGGACUGUGAGGAGAUGUUUCGCCGGGGCCGCGCUUCAUCCGUCGAAAUGGAAGCCGAAGUUUUUUUCGUCACUUCCAGCAAGCUAGCAUGCUAGCUGGCUAACUAGCCGAAUACUUUGCAGCUGUCAGAGUCAUUUGACCUUUUUCCACUCCGUGUUUUUUUUUCCAGAAAUGCAUCUUUCUAUGGAUAUUUUCUUGGGGGAAGGAAGCGACAGCUGCUCUUAUGAAUAAUUUAACUUUUUAUUUUAAGUUGAGGAAUAUUGUGUUUUGCCACUGUAAAGGGAAGCAGAGCGAUCAGUUGCUGCAUUUUUUUCCCUCUUGUUGAGAGUGUGUAAAUAAGCGGACUGGAUAUUUUAUCGAUCAUUUCCUUCUUUUACUGUGGAUUUUUACGAACCGAGAUGACGUUAAGAUGUAAAACGGAGAGGAAUAAAUCGUCGAAACCGAAAUUCCUCUGAUUAAUGGCCCUACAACUUCGAUAGGCGAGCAAACUGCGCUUUCUAGUUUGCCAGCUGAAGUAUUUUUUUAUAUAUAUAAAUUGGAGGCGUUUUACAUAAUCUUUUUUAAAAUCACGCAGCCAGAAGUGACAGGAAAAAAUGUCCGCCGGAGAAAGUUUAGAGGCUCGUUUUGCGAAAAUCGAUGCCAUGCUGAAGGACCCAAAAUCGGAGAUAAACACCGACUGUUUGCUGGAUGGGCUGGAUGCUCUGGUCUAUGACCUGGACUUCCCGGCCUUAAGGAAGAACAAGAGCAUUGACAACUUCCUGAGCAGAUACAAAAACAAAAUCAGCAAGAUCAGAGAUCUUCGCAUGAAGGCAGAGGACUAUGAGGUGGUCAAAGUCAUUGGCAGGGGGGCCUUCGGGGAGGUGCAGCUGGUGCGACACAAAGCCACAAGGAAGGUUUACGCCAUGAAGCUUCUCAGUAAAUUUGAGAUGAUCAAAAGGUCGGACUCUGCUUUCUUCUGGGAGGAGAGGGACAUCAUGGCCUUCGCCAACAGCGGCUGGGUGGUACAGCUCUUCUACGCGUUCCAGGACGACCGGUACCUGUACAUGGUGAUGGAGUACAUGCCUGGUGGUGACCUGGUCAACCUGAUGAGCAACUACGACGUGCCCGAGAAAUGGGCUCGCUUCUACACCGCCGAGGUGGUGCUGGCCCUGGACGGCAUCCACUCCAUGGGCUUCAUCCACAGGGAUGUGAAGCCAGAUAACAUGUUGCUGGACAAAUCGGGUCACCUGAAACUGGCCGACUUUGGGACCUGCAUGAAGAUGAAUAAGGACGGGAUGGUGCGAUGCGACACGGCGGUGGGGACUCCUGACUACAUCUCCCCCGAGGUUCUGAAAUCGCAAGGGGGAGACGGCUACUAUGGGAGGGAGUGUGACUGGUGGUCCGUCGGAGUCUUCUUGUACGAAAUGCUCGUGGGAGAUACGCCCUUCUAUGCCGACUCACUGGUGGGCACCUACAGCAAGAUCAUGAAUCACAAGAAUGCCCUGGUCUUCCCGGAAGACAGCGAGAUCUCGAAAGACGCCAAGAACUUGAUCUGCGCCUUCCUCACGGACCGGGAGGUCCGACUGGGCCGCAAUGGCGUGGACGAGAUCAAGCGGCACCCAUUCUUCAAGAACGACCAGUGGACGUGGGAGAACAUCCGGGAGACUGCCGCCCCCGUGGUCCCGGAACUGAGCAGCGACAUCGACACCAGCAAUUUUGACGACAUCGAGGAGGACCGAGGUGAAGAGGAAACGUUCCCAGUACCAAAGGCGUUUGUGGGCAAUCAGCUCCCCUUCGUGGGCUUUACCUACUACAGCAGCCAUCAGUUAUCCCGGACCUCCAGCUCCAAGACGAGCGACAAGUGUAGUAGCUCCAGCAAGGAGGAGAAGAACCACCUUGAGAACCUGCAGAAGAGGGUUCAUCAGCUAGAGGAGCAGCUCCACAGCGAGAUGCAGCAGAAGGACGAGAUGGAGCAGAAGCACAGGGCCUCCUGCACAAAGCUAGACAAGAUCCUGAAGGACCUGGAUGAGGAGACGAACCUGAGGAAGAGCGCAGAGUCCUCAGUGUCCUUGCUGGAGAAGGACAAGAUCAAGACCCAGCACCGGGCGACCGAGAGCCAGAAGAAGGCUGAACAGGAGGCUGAGAAGAGGCGUAACUUGGAGAAUGAGGUGUCAACUUUGAAGGAGCAGCUGGAGGACCUGAGGAUCUUCAGUCAAAACUCCCAGGCUUCCAACGACAAGAUCUCACAGCUGCAGAAACAACUCGAGGAGGCCAAUGACCUGCUCCGGGUGGAGUCGGACACGGCGGCCCGCCUGCGGAAGAACCACACGGAGAUGGGCAAGUCCAUGAACCAGCUGGAGAACCAUAACCGCGAGCUGCUGGAGAAGAGCCGCUUGGCCGACGACGUCAAGUUGCAGUUGGAGAAGGAGCUGCUUCAGCUGCAAGCUGCCCUGGACUCGGAGAAGAGGAACUACAGCCAGGGCUCAGAGGAGAUCCGUGAACUCCAAGCACGCACUGCAAGCCUGCAGGAGGAGAUCCGGAGCCUGAAAAGCAACCUGUCCAAGAUGGAAGGGGAGCGGAAGCUGGCCCAGGAGCGCAGUAACAGCCUGGAGAAGGAGAAGAACAGCCUGGAGAUUGACCUGAACUACAAGCUCAAGACCCUGCAGCAACGGCUGGACCAGGAGAUCACUGAACACCGCAUGACACGGGGCCAGCUUGCGGACAAGUACGAGUCUAUCGAGGAGGCCAAGUCUGCAGCCAUGCACGUUGUGGAGCAGAAGGUAUCGGAGGAGACUGUGGCCCGCAUGCGAGCAGAGAGCCGGGUGGUGGAGGUGGAGAAGCAGUGCUCCAUGAUGGAGUUCGACCUCAAACAGUCCGUGCAGAAGAUUGAGCAGCUGAUGAAGCAGAAGGAGCGAUUAGAAGAUGAGAUUAAGAGCCUGCGGCUGCAGUUCGAGCAGGAGGCCAGCAAGAGGGUGCAGGUUCAGAGUGAACUAAAGUCACGGAACGUGGAGGCCGACCGGCUCAUGGGCUCUGAGAAGCAGCUCAAGCAGGAGAUCAACGCAGCUCUGGAAAGCAAGCGCUCCCUGGAGUUCCAGCUGGCCCAGCUCACCAAGCAAUACAGAGGCAACGAGGGACAGAUGAGAGAGCUGCAGGACCAGUUGGAGGCCGAACAGUAUUUCUCUACUUUGUACAAGACUCAGGUGAAGGAGCUGAAGGAGGAGAUUGAGGAGAGGAACCGACAGAUCCAGGAAGUUCACAGAAAAGUGCAGGAGCUUCACAGUGAAAGGGAAUCCCUGUCCGCCCAGCUGGACCUGACGGUGACCAAGGCCGAGUCGGAGCAGCUGGCGCGAGCGCUGCAGGAGGAGCAGUACUUCGAGCUCAGCCAGGAGAGCAAGAAGGCGGCUUCGCGGCACAAGCAGGAGUGCAGCGAGAAGGAUGGCACCAUCACCCAGCUUGAGGAAACCAAUAAAAAUCUCACCAAAGACGUGGAUAACCUGGCCAAGGAGAAGGCAGAGCUUGAACAGAAGCUGAGUGCAAAAGAGACAGAGUUUGCUGCGCAGCAGGAGGAGUUGACAAAUUCCACCAAAGCCAACUAUGAGAAGAUGCUGUAUACAGAACGCACACUGAAGACCCAGGCUGUGAACAAGUUGGCGGAGAUCAUGAACCGCAAGGAUAUGAAGCUGGACCCGAGGAAGAAGGCCAGCACGACGGACCUGCGCAAGAAGGAGAAGGAGAACCGCAAGCUUCAGCUGGACCUCAACCAGGAGAAAGAGAAGUUCAACUCCAUGGCCAUCAAGUACCAGAGGGAGCUGAGUGAGAUGCAGGCUCAACUGGCCGACGAGUCCAUGCGCUUCACGGAGCUGCAGAUGCAGAUGUACAGCAAGGACAGUGACAUCGAGCAGCUCCGUGAGAAGCUGAACGACCUGCAGCAGCGCAUGGACAGCUCCAGCGUCACGAGCCUGCAGGCCGACGAGACGGACGGCAACAUAGCAGAUUCAAGACUUGAAGGUUGGCUCUCCAUUCCAAACCGAACUAACAUCAAGCGAUACGGCUGGAAGAAGCAGUAUGUGGUGGUCAGCAGUAAGAAGAUUCUCUUCUACAAUGAUGAGCAAGACAAAGAGCAAUCCAACCCCUCGAUGGUACUAGAUAUCGACAAACUCUUCCACGUACGUCCAGUUACUCAGGGGGAUGUGUACCGGGCAGAGACGGAUGAAAUCCCUCGGAUAUUCCAGAUCUUGUAUGCCAACGAGGGUGAAUGUCGGAAGGAGGCGGAGGUGGAGACGCCCCCCCAGGGCGACAAGGCCAACUGUUUGCCCCACAAGGGCCACGAGUUUAUUCCCACUCUCUACCACUUCCCCUCCAACUGCGAGGCCUGCUCCAGGCCACUCUGGCACGUCUUCAGGCCGCCGCCUGCCCUGGAGUGCCGCCGUUGCCACGUCAAGUGCCACAAAGACCACCUGGACCGGAAGGAAGACGUCAUCGCCCCCUGCAAAGUGAACUACGACGUGACCUCCGCACGCGACAUGCUCCUGCUGGCCCUGUCCCAAGACGAGCAGAAGAAGUGGAUCGGCCACCUGGGCAAGAAGAUCCCCAAAACGCCGCCCUCCACCUUCACCAGAGCCUCGCCGCGCACCAUGUCCACCCGCUCUGUAGCCAACCAGUCCUUCCGGAGAAAUCCAAAAAACAUCACAGGCAAAACCAGGACCCCGUCCAGCUUCCAGGAUACAGAGUCUACGUCCAGCACUUGCUGAUCAAACCCCCCCCCCCAUUGUUCAUAGAUGAAGCCACUUGCUGUCUAUUUCCCUUUGAGCUUGAUGUCACACCAGGCGGCUCCUUUAAGACACGCACAUCACUUGCCUCUAGUUGUAGUGACAUGUUUUAUCGUGCAGAAACAGCCUUAAGUGCUGAUGCACAGCGUUGCUAAGCUUCUCUGUAAUCCCGUCUGCGUUUAUUCUGUUUUCUUAAAGAUUGCAGCAGAGGUGUCUGUGAUUUUGUCACAUUUCCUAACCGGUUCUCCACCUGAUGCCAUUAAAUCUGUGAAAAUGCCCACAUGUAGAAUUCAUAUCAGAGCAGGACGAAUGCUUGAGCGUAGCCUUGAGGGUUGUGAACGUUUUCCUGGGGGCUGAUAAACAAAUCAGAUGUGAAAUGGAUCAAGGUACCUUGCAAACUGUUGUUGUUCCGUGCUUCUGUGUAUAGUGUCUUGGGUUUCUGUAACUCUCUCUGUGGUGCUGAACUUCUACCAGUUUUCUGAAUGAUUUGCAGUAAGCGUGACCAAGGGGAUUUUGUUAGUUGAUGCUCUGGCACUUUGCAGGCCUGAGUUGCUGUGGUCAUCUUUCUUCAUUAACCCUCUAGGGCAGUGUUUCCCAAUCCAGUCCUCGGGCACCCACUGACAGACGGUUCCCGGUAGCAAAAAUGUGGACUGUCUGGCAGGGAGCUCGGAGGAAGCAAAAACAUGGACCAUCUGUGGGUCCCCGAGGACCGGAUUCGGACUCCAUUUACAGCAGGGGUGUCAAACUCUAGUCUUGGGGGGCCAGAGCCCUGCACAGUUUUUGGUUUACCCUCAUUUAACACACCCAAUUCAACUCCUUGUGCCAAUUACCACACAGCUCUUGAACUGAAUCACUUGUGAUGGAACAGGGAAAGAACUAAGCUACACAGGGCUCCGGCCCCCCAGGACUGCAGUUUGAUAUCCCUGACUUACAGUGUAAUCUUUGGGAGACUAACUGAAAUGAAACCUUUUUUUUUUUUAAUUCCACUUUUACCAGACACGUGUUUCUUUCUUUUCCAGCUAACCAUCCACACCAAUGGAUUCUUUGGGGACUUUCUGUGUUUGUUCCUCCUGCAAGACCUUGGGUAUCACCUUAUGCAGCAAAAAAAAAGAAAGAAAGCAAAAAAUGUACACUUUUUAAGGAAUGAAAUGAGAAAUUUGAACCAGAGAACGUUGAAAAUUUGGGGACUUUAUCCACCAAGAGGCACCGCGUGUUUAAUAGUUGUUGGAACCCACCCUGUCCAGCCUCACUUUGCUUAGCAGAGAGGUGAGGAUCAUUUCUCCACCCCACCCCACCCCCAGUCGCUUUCUAACGUGCAGGAAGGUCAGCUGUUAAUGUGGCUUCAGCCCAUAGGUACAGAUUUCGAUUAUGCAGGAAGUGGAAGUCUAUAAGGGGCGGAGCAUGCAAGAGAUGGUACUUCGUUGAAAGCUUAAUAUCUCGUGUAUCCGGGGGGGGGGGGGGGGGUGUAAAUAAGCCACACUGGGAACGCCUGAUGCUCCACAAGGUGCAUUUUGGGAAGCGAUGGACCUGUUCUGUCCACCUGUAGCCCACAUAGGGAAAUUGGACAUUAGCAGAGAAGCUCAGCGUAGUUAGGAUACAACACAUUUCGCUGGUGGUUUCUGGGGAUCUUAUGACAUCAGUCCUGACCACUUCUGUCCAAAUAUGGAAGGCAAACAUGUUCCAUAGAGUUAACAGAAUGGCUUUGUCUAUUGGACAGUUUUGGCAAAACAUUUUUGGGUACUGAGUAAUGGGUAUUCAGUAUUAGGGGAGGAGAGGAUAGACCAUUUAAAUCUAUGCAUUUUCUUAUUGUUAUUAUUGUAAUUAUUAUUUGCUAAGCCAUAAGGACAACACACUGUAAUGGCAUUAGACAAACCUAACAGUUAAAAGAAACCAAUGACUUUGAGUGUUUUUGCAGAACAUUUCUGUAAUAUUAUUAUUACUAUUUUGUAAUGUAUGCCUUAUUGAUUCAUAGACAAAUGGUUGGAAAAAUACAUUAAGUUAACAAAAGUAAAACUGCACUGUUUGAAUUGUAAAUUAUUGGUAGGACACUUAACGUGUAGCAUUUGGCCCCCUAGUGCCUUAACGUUUGGAUAACAGUUAUACUGCCAUAUGUUUGUGUAGCAAUCUCCAAAAUGAGACACAAGUUCACAAAUGUUUGUUUUGUUGUUUUUUUUAAGAAGCCUUUUUGAUUUUAUCUCCCUGGUAUGGAAUUCCAGGACCUCUCCAUUAUGUUUUGUGUUGAUAGUCAGCCAAUGAAAUGUCAGCUACCUGAUUCUGGGAUCUUGGGAAAUAAAAGCUUGCCUUAUGGAAGGCAAGGCCUCGCUUAGUUUACUCCGAUUGUGCACUGGCACUAGCUCCUCCUCUUUUGCCCCCCCCACACACAAACUCGUGACACGUGACCAGGGAUGACAGCAGCAUUUUGCAGCGAAGGGGGGUGUUUGGGGAAUAAAACUGCUCCUUGGUUUUAAAAUGGCUUUGCAGUUGUGUUCACUAAAAGAAGCACUGGAACUCUGACCUCUUUUAUUCUGUCUUGGUCUAAUUGCAUGUGAUAAUUGCGUUGGUCGCACUGAUGGAUAUGUGUUAAUAAACAUAUCUUAAUCUACCAUCCAACAUACUAUGUCUUUGUUGGGCCUGUCGCAGAAGUGCCUGUGCUUUUCGCAAGGGUUAAACUUACUAAAGUAUUAUUACAACUACAACAGUAUUCUCCAUACUAUUUAGGGUUUUUUUAAUGGUGUGAACAGAGCUUGAAAAAAAAAUAUUUAAAGUCUGUCUUAUGUUUGCUUUUUUUUUUUUUUUUUUUUUUUUUUUUUUUUUUGAGACUCGCACUAUUUUAAAAUUCUGCCGAAAACAGGCAUGCCAUUGCUUUUAAUGAGAUUCCUGUUUGCCCAUGGAGCUAAGGGACAUUCUGAUAGGAUGAGGAAUGCCUUCAGUGGCUCACAUUCGGGCCGGUCGGUUCCGGAGCCGCAGUACGGAACCUGUGCCAUUUACCACUUGGGUGAUGAUAAUAAUGAAGACCGAGUAGCCUUUCUUUAGUGUCUCAACAUUUCAAGCACCAUUUGUCGAGGAGCUAAACGUAAAGUCAACCCCUAUACGUAAGGUAGAGCAGAUAUCUUCCUCUUGUAACGUGAACCUACAUUGUCAACUUUCUCCCAGCUUUGCUUAAUUUUCCUUAGACUUCGGCUUACUUUCACAAUCUCUGUCAUCCCAUUCAUGUGAGUCUACGCGCUUGCUGCAGCAAAGAAAUGGACAUGGGUUUUUAAGAGGCCAGCUGACAGCCAUUUACCCAGUGGUGAUUACCUAUUCCUCUUUCACAUCUAGACUUAGUGCUUAUACUUAGCUACAAUUUCAGUGUGUUAAGUGAAAGACUCAUAAAUGUAAUCCCACCCCUCCACCCAUGACCAGGCAUAGUCACGUAAACUCACCAACCAAACACGUCCAAGGCUGACGACUGCCAGUUCAGUGAUGGGGGACAACAAAGUAGUGUAUGUCCUGCAGGCCUUAAAACGGGUAUGGAAAAAAAAAAAGCUAAAUUCUUCAUUUAAUCUGCUCAGGCCUCUGGUUUGUUUAUUUUGGCUGAGCUUGAGAAUGUCUCCAACCAGUAUUCAACUCCAUGGUUCCCACACUCUGGAUACAUACAAACUGAGGCUUUCCUGAAUGAGUAGAGGACCCUGGAGGCUCACUUGUACCUCUGAGGGUUCGUCUUCCAGCCAAGGCAUUUGAAACAGGCCAGAAGUCGACGCCAUUGGAUCAGCCGUGGACCUAAUGUAAUCCAGAUCCAAGACUCCAUUACGUACUAUGAUUCGGUCUCCUGUGAGGGUCUAAGUGACACCAAUACAUGAAGAUAUGAUUAAUAUUUAAUUCAUAAUUACUGUUUGCGCAGAAAUCCAGCUUUGUUCACAAGUAAUCUGUAAGAAUGGAUUAAAUUGUUAAUAAAUCGAUUCAAAGAGCU